AUGCACAAAAUGAUGACUUUACCGGCAGUCGAAGUAUCUAGACUACUUUCGAGCUACAGCAGUAGCAGUAGCAGCAGCGGGCAGCGGAGAGCGGACAGCGGGAAGCUUACAGCGGGAAGCUUACAGCGAGAAGCGGACAGCGUGAAGCGGACAGCGGACGUUUCGAGCUACAGCAGUAGCAGUAGCAGCAGCGGGCAGCGGAGAGCGGACAGCGGGAAGCUUACAGCGGGAAGCUUACAGCGAGAAGCGGACAGCGUGAAGCGGACAGCGGACGGCGGGAUGCGGACAGCGGACAGCGUUUCGAGCUACAGCAGUAGCAGUAGCAGCAGCGGGCAGCGGAGAGCGGACAGCGGGAAGCUUACAGCGGGAAGCUUACAGCGGGAAGCUUACAGCGAGAAGCGGACAGCGUGA